GAGCAUGUAUAAAAGCUGCGCGUGCGACUCCGCGCAGUUAGUGAUUGGCCGCGAGUGUGUGUGUUGGAUCGUAGUGUACGGUACUUUUAGGACAAAACUAGAAAUGGAAUCCUCAAGAAAGACCCUCUUCACUUGCAUGGUGGCGUGCGCUGUGGUGACCCUCGCGAGGGCGGCCAACGAGUACCUCCCCCCACAGAAGGGGUACAACUACGAACCCCCCAACAUACCCUUCCCUACAGACAACAAUGGAAACAAGGCUCCCGGCCCCUUUAGGCCUCCGCCCCCAACCCGCGGACCCGCGUACGUGCCUCCUCCCCCACAGCCAAACAACCCGCCGCCGUCGCAUGAUCACUCCCACGACGAACACCACCACCACGAGCCCGGCAUGCCCUUCGACUUCGCCUACUCCGUGAACGAGGAUGGUAACGACUACAGCCACAACGCUGUCUCCGACGGUGACGUCACCCGAGGAGAGUACCGUGUAGCCCUGCCGGACGGACGCACGCAGAUCGUGAAGUACACCGCUGAUUGGAAGAACGGUUUCAAUGCUGAGGUAUCGUACGAAGGUGAGGCGCGGUACCCCGACCAGCCAUCCGGUUACCCGUCCGGUAACGCCGCCGGCGCCGGUCCCGGUCAGCAGUACGUGCCCCCUAGCCAAGGAGGCGGUUACCAGUAUUAAGUCUAGCUAUACUUUAGUCGUUCAAGGCAAGAAUAGACAACGUUAAAGUUUAAACCUAAAGCU